AUGGUCGCCAAAGACAAAAAUAUUUUACUCUUCGUUGACAACGCUUCUUGUCAUAAAAUAAACUUCAAACCUCGCAACAUAGAAAUAGAAUUUCUCCCACCUAACACUAUUGCUUUGAUUCAACCCCUUGACCAGGGCAUUAUACACGCAUUCAAAGCAGAGUAUAGGAAAAUUCUUGUUCGAAAACAGAUAAGUGCAAUUGAACGUGGAGUUCCACUUCAAACUUAUAUUAAAUCAAUAUCUAUAUUGGACGUUCUGCAUUAUAUCAAAAGGGCUUGGUGGUUAGUGAAGCCUGAAACAAUUUGUAAUUGUUUCAAGAAGGCAGGAAUUUGUAAUACAAACGCAGAUGUGGUAAGCUGCGAAGUUGAGCUUGGUAUUUUGGAGGAAAUACCAAACACCGAAGAAUACAUACAUUGCGAUGACGAGCUUCAAUGUAGAGGACUUCUUACAGAUGAACAAAUUGUUGCGAACCUGUGCGAUGUGCCUUCAUCUGAAAUCAGUAGUGGAGAUGAAAACUCAGAAGAGAAUCAUGAUGUCUCAAAAGCCACUAGUGUUAAGGAGGCAUUAUCCGCAUUAAAUACCUUGGAAACAUUUUUCAUGGAAAACCCUAUGGAAACAAAUUUUAAAAUCUUUGAAAUGGAAGAAAUGAUUGUCAAAUUUGCAAAAACAAAAAAAGUUUCACAAAGUAAAAUCACUAGCUAUUUUUCGUAAAAGAGUUUCUAUCGCAAUAUGUACAUAUUAAAAUACCUUCAUUAUACUUUAUAACUUCUAAAUAUAUACAUAAUUUUUUCAACUAAAUAUAUCAAACAAACCAGAGUUUUGGGUUUCCGCUUAGCUGCACAUUUCGCUUAGGUGCACGAAAUCAUGUG